AUGAGUUUUGGAAUAUCCAUAGGUGACCUGAUCAAGCUGGGCGAGGUUGCUGGACGAGUAUAUAAGAAUUGCCGGGAUUGUACAGGUGACUACAAGCAUCUGACUAUUGAGACGCGUAGUCUCACCAACUUGCUUGACGACAUCCAAGACAAGUACGAUAAGAUACCCGCACACAAGCGCGAACAGCUUCUCGAUGCCUACAAACCCUGUAUCGAUGUCCUCUCCGAGCUCGACAAGCUGCUCGAGCACUACAACUUGCUCGACACGAAAAGCAAACGGGCAUGGGAUCGUCUGAAAUGGGACCCGGAGAAGUCACGCAGCCUGCGAGAACGUUUGGUUUCGAGUGUCGUAAUGCUCAAUGCCUUCUAUAACUCGUUAAUUCACGAUAAUCAGGUUCUGAUACUUGAGGCACUGGGGCGGCUAGAGCUGGACUAUAAAGGUGGCUAUCGUGAAGAGAGCAUUGCAUCGAUCGAGCGAAUCGCUGCUCCAGAUAGCCAUCACGAGGAGGUCGAUGACGAUGCCGCGUGGACUCAGAUCAUCCGUGACCUUGAAGACGUCGGCAUCUCCCAUCAGGUCGUCUUGACUUAUCGCGACUUCGUGGUUGACUGGUUCAUCAGAGCUGUCAACGAAGGCAGGCUUUUGGAAGAACGCAGGAACACCGAGAGUCUUAGCUCGACGCGGCCCUUCUCAAGCGAUGGCUUCCAGAUGAAUUUCUUAUCGGCAUCGCUCGCGACUACCGAUCUGAAUGGACAGAAUGAAGUCGUCUUUUUGGAGAAUGAUCUGGCGCACACCCCUGGUAUCGCUCCACUACAAAGAUCAAACUCGUCAAAUGCGCCCGAGCCUUUGCACAUCCACUAUAAUACCGUGGGAACCCCGAACGAAUCUAUCACGUCAAGCUUACCCUGUGACGCUCCAGAGCCUGUGCAUUUACCAUCGCCAUCUACCCAGGCGCCCGAGCCCAUAUACGGAAUAAAUCAGGAUGCUGCUGUGAAGGUAUUUCGGCCAGUCACUUUGGCAUCCCAAGCGCCUGAGCCCGUAUCGUCCGCAUCAACCCUGGAUUUGAACGAAAGAGCACAGGGCAUCGCUGACGCUUGGGCAAGACACGAUUUCGUGGUUGCAGCAAGGUUACUUGAAGAACAGCUUGCGGCUGUUGAACAGGGCUGCGUAGCAUCCAAUGGCUUGCAGCCCGAUCGACGUGUUUUGCGACACUGCAUCGGCGUGUGCGCAUCGUUCAGCGGUGACCUGAUGAAAGCAAAACUUUUCUUCGAAAGCGCGUUCAACGGCAUCUACUUGAUCAGAAAUCUCGAUGAGGGUGACAUCGCGGCAGCUCGCUGGCUCGGAGACGUUUGCCUGCAACUGAGGGAGUUCCACAACACGGUGCUAGCAUGGAGUGUUGCUCUUGAAGGCUCAAUCCGGCACUUUGGGAUCUCGCAUGAUCGAUCACGGCACAUCAUUCAGGAGAUGCUCAAGCUGGACGAGUGGGUGUCGGCUUUCGAGGGCAUCAACAGUAGGAUUCGGGCGAAUGUCGAUCCCACCGACAUCUUCUCCAACACUCACACACUAGAGAAGAGCGAUCUCGUGCGCACUAUCCAGGCACGUGUGAAUAAGGGGCGUCAGAUCAGAAUCGGCCGUCCAUCGGCCGCCCUUAGGUCGCGUCCGCGCUUGGAAACGAUUCCAGGAGAGGCAUUCCUGACUGCUCCACUCGUCUCUUCAGGAGCAUGGCCACUGCAAUGGGACUCGAUGUUCUCUCCAAUGGCCGUGUAUCAGACGCAGUGGUAUCUGAAGAUUGCAAGACCAGUGCAGCCAGCAUUAGCAUUGCGGACAUUGCGCUGGAAUUCGCUUGGAGAGUCUAAGAAGCUCGACUAUGCCACCAAAGCAGGCAACGCUUGGCUAGUCGAGACCGUCAAGGCCAUCUUGCGAGAAUUAGAGAUCGAGCACGCCGAUCAUCCGGAUGAGAAUGUCAUUGUCUGCUGCCUGCACAAAGACCGAGACGGUUUGGCCUGCACCGAGGGGGUUUUCAUCGCCUUCUCGAGAUUGCAGUUUCGGAACGUGUGUGGCGUAAGGAUUUCUGACGUUAGAUGGUCUACGCGGAAGCUACCAUCCGCUUACACAACGAAGUCACUGAUUGAUUUCGACCCUCCGGUUGAUACGGAGUUCAGAGAUACUAUCAAAGAGAUGCUGGGCCUAGCAGAAGCCCGACCGAGUUCUACCGCGCCGAUCGAUAACAGAAGCGGCAAGGACUCGCGCACGCGCUCUUGGAACCCUUGGGGCAGCUCAAAGUGA